UUGGAGAAAACACGGUAUAAAAUGAAAGUGUUUAAAAAAUGUAUAACAUUUAUUACGAAAGAACAGCAAUCUAAAUAAAAUAGUGAAUAGAAAAAGUGAAAUAUUAAAACGGUUGCCUCCAAGUAAAAUAAGUUGCUCUAAGCGUCUAAAUAUUCACCAAAAAGUCUGUUAUUUAAUUCCUUAUUCCUCUUUUUGGAGAAAACACGGUAUAAAAUGAAAGUGUUUAAAAAAUGUAUAACAUUUAUUACGAAAGAACAGCAAUCUAAAUAAAAUAGUGAAUAGAAAAAGUGAAAUAUUAAAACGGUUGCCUCCAAGUAAAAUAAGUUGCUCUAAGCGUCUAAAUAUUCACCAAAAAGUCUGUUAUUUAAUUCCUUAUGAGGUUAUGUGUCGGAAUCAAGUUUAAAAAUAACAAGUUGUUUAAGUUGGUUUAAGUAAAUAACUAUCGACAAUUGUAUUAAAAAUGUCAGAAUAUACUACGUAGAAAAGUAAGGUCAUAAGAUGUAAAACUUACUAUAAUUUUACCGACAAAAAUAAUCAAGAGAGAAAAAUGGAAAUCAUGUUCAGAUUUUCAAUUUUGGGUUUAAAGUCCUCAAGGCAAGGGAACAUUUCCGGCUUGUUCCAUACUUUUAAGAAGAAUUUUUCCACCGUCCCAAGUUUCGAAAACCCACAAACAGAAAUUGCACUUUGUGGUCAAAAAUACGAAACCGAUGAUUGGACGAACAUUACCCCAAAAAUAAUAUCAAGAUUGGGUCAGGAUUUGCAUAGAAAUGAAAAACAUCCUCUGGGUCAAAUUAAGCGUCGCAUAACAAAUUACUUUUACAAAUCCUACUAUAAUCGAAUUGGAAAUCCGAUUUUCAGCGUCUUUGAUAAUUUGAGUCCAAUUGUCAGCACUCAUCAGAAUUUUGAUUCUUUACUGAUUCCAAAAGAUCAUGCGAGUCGAAGUAAAAAUGAUUGUUACUACCUUAAUGAAAGGACUUUAUUGCGAGCUCACACCACUGCUCAUCAAGCUGAACUGGUUUCGAUGGGACUUAAUAAUUUUCUGAUCGUCGGAGAUGUUUACCGAAGGGAUGAAAUUGAUUCUACACAUUAUCCAGUUUUUCACCAGGUGGAUGGUGUUAGGAUUUGCACUGCAGAUGAAAUUUUUGAUAACGUGAGGGGAACUGAUGGAUUAAAAAUAUUUGAACACAGAGGAAUUGAGACUCGCGAUAAACAAGGGUGUCAUACUUUGGAGUCUGUUAAGAUUAUGGAGUUUGAUUUGAAAAAUGCACUUGUUGGACUCGCUCAAACACUUUUUGGAAAAGAUGUUCAGUACCGUUGGGUAGAUGAAUAUUUUCCUUUUACUCAUCCGUCCUGGGAGUUGGAAGUAUUUUACAAUGACAAAUGGAUAGAAUUAUUAGGAUGUGGGAUCGUGCGACAAGAAAUUCUACAAAAAGCAGGCGCUUCGGAACGAAUGGGUUGGGCUUUCGGUUUAGGCCUGGAACGACUGGCAAUGCGUUUACACAGCAUUCCUGAUAUCAGACUUUUUUGGAGUACAGACACUGGAUUUUUACACCAAUUCGAAGUUGACAAUGAAAAUUCCCCUGUACAAUAUAAACCCGUUAGUAUAUAUCCACAAUGCAAUAAUGACUUGAGCUUUUGGCUACCUCAAGACGUUUCUUAUUCUUCACAAGAUUUUUACGACAUCGUACGAGAAAUUGGUGGCGACACCGUGGAACAAAUAUCUUUAAUUGACCAGUUUACACAUCCUAAAACGAAGAGGACGUCUCAUUGUUAUAGAAUUGUCUACAGACAUCUGGAGCGCGUUCUGCGCCAAGAAGAAGUGAAUAAGAUUCAACAAGAAAUAGAAAAGUCUCUUCAAGACCGAUUAAGCGUAGUCAUUAGAUAAUAUCAAGAUUUUUCUUCUUUCAAUGAAUAUUUUUUGCUUCCUUUAAUAUUAAAAGUCAAAAAAUUCUUAUAUCAAUUUUGUUUUAAAAAUUGAAUCUAAACCAUGUUUUCAGUAAUAA